UUCGUGAGAGUCGUGCCGUGCCGUGCCGUGUCGUGUCGUGUGUCGUGCUGUAAAUUAUAAAUAAAAAAAAAAAAUACAGUCGGCCGCCGCGGUAUUUUCGAAAAAUCGAUCGCGGUACUUGGACCAAAUUCGCGGUUCUACUGCUAGUUCAAAAGUUCAGCGAAGAGCUUACGACGCACCUUUCAGUUUCUCAUUUUUUUAAAUAUUAGGUAAAUUACAGACGUCUUGAUCUUGAAAUUGAGAAGAUAUCAUUCAAAGUUUUUCUCUCUGACAAAUUUAUCGCGAAAGCGUGACAAAUCAUCACGGACGUAUUUUAAAGCAUUUCUUCGCGAGAGAGAAGCGCGCAGCCGAGCGGUGGAUCAGUUUGAUCGAUGGGACUGACGAUUUUAAACACGCUCGCAUACGUUUGAGUAAACAUUUAGAGACAAGGUUGAUCGUUGGCAGACACAAGGGUACCAUUAUUGCGAUAGUCCACGGGCACGCUGUGUGUGGUCUGUGCGCGUGAUAAAACUUUAUCUGCUGCGACACGAAACUUUUUCGCGGCUACGAAGCGAAGAUCGUCCUUUUCGGGAAGUCUUGGUGGUUUCCUGUCCGGCCAAGGAUACCGGAAGUGCACAUUAAGCAACAAAGAAGAAUAAUGCAUUUGACUGCUCGUGUACGGGUCUAAUCGUGUCUCAUUUAAUAACUCAAUUGUAACAAUGCUACGGUUCGUCUCGCUUCGUCUGAAGAUGCCUUUCACGUUGUAAAGUGACUCUCAUCGAAAGAAGCUAUACACUUACGAUGGGCAAGCUUUUGAGUCUUUUGGCUCGAGAUGAGUCUACUUGUUGCACCCCUCAGAAGUAUGAUGUCUUCUUGGAUUUCGAAAAUGCACAACCGUCGGACAUCGAACGUGAAACAUUCGAGGCGGUGCAAAGAGUGUUGAAAAAUUCAGAGUCCAUUUUAGAGGAGAUACAGUGUUACAAAGGAGCUGGGAAAGAAAUCAGAGAGGCGAUCUCGGCACCCACGGAAGAAUGUCAACGAAAAGCGUACCUAACUGUGGCACCUCUUGUAGCGAAACUCAAACGAUUCUACGAGUUUUCCUUGGAACUCGAAAGGAUCGUACCGAAAAUUCUGGGACAAUUAUGCUCGGGAAAUCUUUCACCGACGCAACAUCUGGAGACGCAACAGGCACUAGUGAAACAAUUGGCGGAGAUAUUGGAAUUUGUACUGAAGUUCGACGAGUAUAAAAUGAAAACGCCGGCGAUUCAGAAUGACUUCAGCUACUAUCGUAGAACAUUGACGAGGGCAUCGUUGACGUGUCAGGACAACGCCGAAAAGGACCUAGUUGUUGGGAACGAACUCGCUAACCGAAUGUCCUUGUUUUACGCCCACGCAACACCCAUGCUUCGAGUUCUGAGUCACGCGACCAUUACUUUCUUGAUAGACAACGAAGACAUAGCCAGGGAAAACAUUACAGAAACGCUUGGUACAAUGGCAAAAGUAUGUCUUCGAAUGUUGGAAAACCCGAAUUUGUUGGCGCAAUUCCAACGAGAGGAAACUCAGCUCUUCGUCUUGAGAGUUAUGGUAGGUUUGGUGAUUCUCUAUGAUCAUGUACAUCCCCAAGGUGCCUUUGUAAAGGGUUCAAACGUGGAUGUCAAAGGCUGUGUGAAACUAUUAAAGGACCAGCCGCCUUGUAAAAGUGAGGGCCUUCUGAACGCCCUUCGCUACACCACAAAACACUUGAACGAGGAGAACACGCCAAAGAAUAUAAAGAAUUUGCUCGCCGCAUGAUUACCGAAGCAACGCGGUUGUUGCAUCAGAAGCUGAGACUGCUGACCGCACUUCCUUGCAGAUACUUUUUCGCGGUAUCGUUUCGAACGACCAUCUUUGUUAGUUCCGCGUUUAAAGUGCAAUCCGCGUCAGGCUUCCUUCUUGCAUUCGUAUAGCGAAUGGUGGACCACACGCGUGUCCUCGAUAAAGCUCUAUGUCGAAAGCUGCCCGAAAACUGCCGAGACAGUUGAAGUCUUCGAACAACAAUCAUUAAGUGACACGAUAACGUAACGAUCGAUUUUGGCGAAACGAUCAUUGCGCGUUUUUUUUUAUUUUCUUACUGUUCUUCUGGGGAAUACAUAUGUGCGAUUAUUACUAUUCUAAAAGAAAUUAUUGUUGCUGAUAUUACUAUUAAACGUUGCGAACUAUUGCCGAGGCACUGUCGAAUCUUCCACGCUUCAUUCAUCAUUUUGAUUAAACAUUCAUUAUUAUUAUUCCAUUAAUAUUUCCCAAUAGAGAAUCCCGCAGGACCUCGGUUUGCGAAAUUUUCCAACGACAAAGAAAGUUAGAUAGAAUAAAGCUACAAUAGAUUUUUAUGAUAACAGAUUGUUCCCUGUAGUAAUGUUUCCCUUGGUACAGUGUUCCAACCAAAAUCGUCUAUUGACAUAAUUUCCGGCCGGACGGGAUGAAAAGUUAAUUAGAGCAUAUCAUAGUGUAUUUAAGGUAACGUGGAUUACGGAAGUGUUACGAAGAGAGCUUUAAUCACGUUAUGGAUAUUAUGGAGAUUUUUAGCUCUUGUUUUCUUUGUUGAAUGGCGGGCGAGAGGGUGGAUUGUGAAACUGUGAAUUGCAGAGUCGAAUAUUGCCGAAUCACCGAGUAUAAUCGAUAAUUUUAUCGGUGAACUAUUUGAAGAGUAUUAAAUAUUAUAUUUGUACGCGAUCUGGAUUAAUUAAAAUCUGAAGUCACACAUUUUGUAAUUUUUUCGUAUACACGCGAUUGAAGGUAAUAAGAAAACCAAAGAUGCUUUUAGUGCAUAGUAAAGCUACGAGAACAUCAGAGAUGUGAUUUAUUAUUAUUGUAUUAUUAUUGUAUCAUUAUUAUUAUUGAUAUUCUCAUAACGAGCGAUGCUACAAAAGUUCUAUUUAUAAUAAUUAACAAACUCACAUGUAACCGCGAUAUAUUUCAGCGGUAUUACGUCAUUAUUUAUAUAUUGAUACAAAAAUAUUUCCGACUAUGUGCAAAUAGUCAUCGCAUAACAUUGUAAUAUUUUGUCCUUCCAACAUCGAUAUAUUUUUUUGAUUUUUUUUUAUCAAUCAUUUUAUAAGUUGUAGAUUUUAUUGCGUCAAGAAUUAUGUUACCAUUUCUUAAUGUUCUUAAUUAAUUAUAAUCUUCAAGUAAUUUCUUGUAAAAUUUGGAAAUAUUAUGUUUCAUUUACUGAAACAAAUUUCAAUUUGUUUUCUAAAUGACUAUUGAAAAUUUUGCGAAUAAAUACCGGACUAAUGAAACAAUCAAAUAUUUCAAAUUUUUACUGUCGUAUUAAAAAAAUUUGUGAUAAACACACAUUUAAGACCGUUUUUGUAUGUAUAUGUGACGUAAAUAUCGGAAAUGAAUUUGAGGAAUUUUCGAACUGACUUUAGCACAAAACAUCUUCUUGCGCGUUUUAGAGAUUAAUACCUUGAAGACUGCUUGCCGACCAUAAUGUGGAAUCUUGUGUGAAAGUACACGUAACCGGAGAUCACACGUUUACGUAAGAAUUUAUCGUGAAAUGUUUAUUAGUAGCGCGAACCUCAGAUACUCAAAGUACUGUAUAUACAGAUUGUUAUAACAUAUUAUCGACAUCCGCAGAUAUUACUGUUAUAUUGGCACUUCAGCAACAAGUGCCCUGACUUAUUGCCUUGGUAAUUUUUAAGGAAAAAAACAAAAACAAGAAACAGUAUUUAGUUAUUUUUACCGUUCGUUGUAUGCUUCAUUUUGUAACGUUAUUCAAUGUCAAUUAACACGAGGAAUAUUAUUAUCGCACGCAUUACACGCACGCACGUGCGCAAAUUGUACUUGAAUUAAAUUAAAAUCCCCUGAAACACUCA